AUGUUCAAGAAUCUCUCACCCAAAGCCCGCUUCGGUGUCGGCCUCACCAUCAUAGCCUGGGGCUGCGCCGGGCCCUACUUGUCUGAUCGUGCGGAGGAGGUGUUUGGAUUUACGCCGACUGAACAGGACAAGGAGAAUCUGGAGAGACUCAAGCCGCGUUUCACCGCAGUCGACCGCGGUGUCCAUGCCCAUGAGAAGUCAUGA